CGAUUAUCAGAGUGAUCACAGCGAUCACACACAGAUCAGUUACUCUGAGCUGUGUGCGUGUUGUGUUGUAGUGUGUGUCAUGCUGAACAACAAACGAGCUAUCAGCAGGAAACAGCGUGAAGUUGAGUGUUGAGGAAGCUAUGCGAAACUGCAAGCUCGUUGUUUUGAAUUGUUAAAACAGCGGCAGGCAUCCUUGGUAUGUGAAUACAAUGUUUGGAUAUACUGAAUAAAGAAAACACGGAUUUCUUUGAUAAUGUACAUUUGGCUUGUGAUGUGCGUCGUGUAGCCUGUCGUGUCCAAUCAAAAUGUUCGCGCCGAGGCAUUCGUUCAGGGGAUUAGGCCUACGUUUGUUUUCAAGGAAAUGGUUAUUAGCACGGCAAUUCUGAAAUUGAAGAGAUAUUAUAGGAAACAUAAAUGCUGAGCUGGUUAUUAAAUAACAAGUAAAAUGUAGAAAACUUACAAAAAAAAUUGUAUAUCGCAGCUUUUGACAGUAUAUGAAUUUCAUACAGGAGGAAAUAAACUAUAGUUGAAGGAUUUUCGCUAAUUGAGUGUUUAAGCAUGGCUCGAAACAGUUUCCUUGGUCGUAGCCUGACGUCGAAAAAGAUUCAAUUUUUUCUUAUGACAUUGAUGAUGAUGUGGAUAAGCUGUAUGCUGAUGAUCUUUCAAACGAUGAAGGCGGAACCACCGCAGAUGCAGGAAAGUGAAAGACUGAGAAAAGAGAUUUUAGAAGUUAGCCAAAAAUAUAUCCAAGCACUUGCUCUGGAGCAUUCCAAAGGUGGCCAAGUUCCAGAUGCUGAUAUAGCUCACGAUUUGAAGAAGACAAUUACAAUUCUACUGGAUAAUUUAAUUGAACGAAUUGACAAGUUAGAACAAAAAGUUGACACUGUUUUAACAAACAAUACAUUCCUAUUAACUCGCAAUGUAAGUUAUAUAUUGGAUAAUCCUGGCAUCAUAAACUUAAGGGAAUAUCAAGGACGCCUAAAGGAACGAUUUCAAGAUGAUGAGGCGGGGAAUAAUUUGUUGAAGGAGAACACAGGAGGUGAUUUUAAAGUGACUGAAUGUGACGUGAAAACAAUGGACUUGAGAUAUUUUCCAAAUUGCAAUGCAAAGUUGCAUUGGAUGAGAAAAAUGUGGAAAACAGACAAGUGUUAUGCAGAUUUUGGUGUAAAUGGGACACAAUGUUCAUUCAUUAUAUAUCUAAGUGAGGUGGAGAAUUGGUGUCCAAAGCUUCAAGGAAGAACUAGCAAAGAUGUACUUGAAUUUCCGAAUAUGUCAGAGGCUGAUGUUAGGCUUGACAAGAACCAGCUUAUGGACAUCUUGGACUCAUCGGAAAAAUUUGAAUGGAUUCGGACACGGAUCAACACUAUGUGGGAAUCAAAGUGGAGACCAGCCGGAGAAGCCUUCUUAGAGAAAUAUCACAAGCCAACAAGGUUGCAGAAAAAGAUUCUUAUUCACAUGGGACUGUUGACGAAGGAAUCCGGAUUCAAGAUAGCGGAGAACGCUUUCCAUGGAGGGCCACUGGGCGAGUUGGUCCAGUGGAGUGACAUCAUCGCAUCUCUGUACAUCCUAGGACAUGACAUCACCAUCUCCAUCUCAACACCUUCUUUAAAAAGUUUUCUGAAGCAAGUUGGUAAAAUGAGACAAAGUUGUCCUAUGAAAGGUUCAGCUCCAUUUCAGAUCAUCUACAUCGAUAUCGUCGGGUUAAAGCAGUUUAAGAAAACUGCAGGUGAAAUCUGGCAGCAGUUUAGUUGCAUGUUCCGGGUGAUCGAUUCGUUUGGCACGGAGCCAGCAUUUAACCUGCCAACAUACAUGAAGAAGAAACAUAUCAAAUCAGCAUGGGGAAAAUGGGGUCUCAUCCCCUCACAAUUUUUUACUAUGUUCCCUCACACGCCUGAUAAUUCUUUCAUGGGGUUCGUUGUUGACCAAGCCGAGACAAACCAGCCAACAUCAACUGUACGUAAAAGCAAUUCAGCCCUCGUUUACGGAAAGAAGUCAAACAUGUGGGCCGAUGCUACAGAAUAUGUAGACAUAAUUCAUUCGAAAUUUACUGUGCAUGCGACGGUUUUUCGCAAUUUAACUGAAAUGAAACGUUAUUUACCGAACUACGUUAUCAACCAUGGGAUUGUAUCAGGUCAAGCGAUCCAACAGCUUCUACGAGAAACUAAGCUUUUUGUUGGUCUUGGUUUCCCGUAUGAAGGACCAGCACCAUUAGAAGCCAUUGCAAAUGGUUGUGUGUUUCUUAAUCCGUUAUUUAUACCACCAAAGAAUUCACUAAAUACUAAGUUUUUCAAAGAUAAACCAACGACAAGACAGCUGACGUCUCAGCACCCAUAUGCAGAACAGUACAUCGGUAAACCGUAUGUUCACACUGUGGACAUCAGUAAUACCACAGCCCUGGAGAUGACGUUAGCUGAGAUAGUAAAGCAGGGGGAAUUGCCUCCACAUCUGCCCUUUGAGUUCUCGUGCGAGGGCAUGUUGCAGAGGCUUAGCAUCUAUAUACAAAAUCAGGAAUUCUGUGGAGAGUCACAUUGGCCGCCAAAGCACGCUAUGAAACAGGUUGUUGCUCAGUCGGGAGAAUCCUGUAAAGAUACCUGUAGCAGGCAAGGUUUUAUAUGUGAGCCAGCAUUUUUUAAAUAUAUCAACAAUAAGGAAAACUUUCAAGAACAAAAUAUACCUUGUAUGAAAUUUAAGUAUUUAGAAGAGAUCAUAGCACCCUCUUGGGACCAAUUGGAUCAAACCUGCUAUAUGCAGUCAGAAAUAUUGUUGUUUAGUUGUGCUGGUAACGAUAGUGACCAUAGACGGAUGUGUCCCUGCCGAGAUUUCAUCAAAGAACAAAUUGCAAUUUGUACAGAGUGUCUUUAAGAUUUACUUUCUCAUGAGUCAAUGUCAUAAAUUGAUAUCGGUCCCACAGUAGUGGAGGUUUCAAUUGUGUGCUCUAUUUAAUCUUGGAUCCAAGUAUUGACAUACUGUACAAUGUUGGUGUUACUGAGGUAACACUAACGAUGUCCCACCUUGAUAUCUAUUUUGUGAGCCUGUAAUCUUUCAAUCCAUAAAAAAAUGGAAACAUCCACAACUUGCCCUUCUGUGAUUGGUAAGGAUGUUGCACACAGCCUUGAAAACAUCUACACAUGGUGACUGUUAAUAUAUACAUAGAUACGACAUAAACUCAUGAGAAAUGAUAUUUCAUCACUGCUUAAAUAAGAGGAUAUUUUUCUACCGUACCGUAUGCUUCAUAAAUGUUACUACUUUAGGUUCUUAAUUUUAACUGUUAUUGAUUCAGCAAUGAUACUGUUUCUUGUUAUGUCCAGAUUAUUGUACAAUACUUUUUGAGUCAUUAUUUACGUUGUUUCUAAAUGGUCUGUUUCAACGAGACAGCUUUAUAUAGUCAUCGCCCGCCAAUGAUGAUUUCAAAUUAAAAUGAAAUUAUAGUUUUAGAUAAUAGCACAUCUGCCACCGCAAAAGGCUGGAAGUUUUAGUAGGAAAAUCAAAACAAAAAUCUUCCUCAAAGUUUAGAAAAUUAUAUAGAAUUUAUGAAUCUGAUUAUUGAACAUUUUACAUUGCAAUUUUGCUUUAUUUACGAAGAUGCGCUAUAGAAUCUUGAGAGCCUAAGCGCAUCCUUUAUCACUUUUUUUUCCUCACACGCUCUCAUUUUUGUAUUUGUCGGCCUCUUUGCUUCCUCUCAUAUGUGUGUUUUAAUAUUUACUUUUUAAUUAUAUUUUUCAUGUCAUAUUUAAUUUCUUUUUGUACAAUUUUACCAUAUCAUUGUGUUUUGUUUGAUUGGAUUGGAUUUAUUCGGUGUAAACACCAAGGAUAGCCCACGAAAGUCUAGAAGAAGACUUAUUUCCAGUGGGGUCCUUCUGGUGGUGAUUGGGUAGUACACUGGGAGACAAUCC